CUCUCCUUAUCUACCUCCCUCCCUCCCUCCAACACUCAAAACACCUCAUUCUCAUUCCUAUUCCUCGCUCUCUCUCUUUCUCUCCUCAAUAUUCCUUCCAAACAAGAACAUACCAAAAUCAAAGCCAAACAACCAAUCCACAACAAGCAAAAGCUCACAAUCCUAUUCCUCCCCUAAAACCAAUCAAAACUCACCAUUACAUUCUCUUCACUACUCUAUCACCACUCAAGAAUACACAACCAUGGCUUCUUCAACAACACCUUCUACAAGUACAUGGGUUAAGCCCAAAUUGAUCCCUACUUCCUCGAGUGCAUUGGGCUCUUGUUCCACCUCCUCAUUCUCUCUAAGCAAGCCCAAUCCCAAUAGGCAACAAAACAUUGCUUGCUCUCUCCACACCCCUUCCAUACGCCACCUUCCAAAGCACGCUCCCCCAACAUAUCACACACUCAGCACUGGUAUUGCCACUAAAGAUAACUCUUCCUUGUCCUCCACCUCUGCCAAUGCUCAAUCAUGGAAUUUCUUACAGAAAGCAGCGGCAAUGGCGUUGGAUGUAGCGGAGAGUAUCCUAGUGGCACGCGAAAAAGAGCAUCGUCUACCCAAGACGGCCGACCCGGGAGUCCAAAUUUCCGGCAACUUCGCCCCGGUGCCGGAGCACUCGGUCCAGCACAACCUCCGCAUCGCCGGAAAAAUCCCCGAAUGCAUUCAAGGCGUUUACAUCCGGAACGGAGCGAACCCGCUAUUCGAGCCGGUUGCCGGCCACCACUUCUUCGACGGCGACGGCAUGGUCCACGCCGUCAAAUUCAAUGACGGCGCGGCUAGCUACUCCUGCCGGUUCACCGAAACCCAGAGGCUCGUUCAGGAACGGGCCUUGGGCCGGCCCGUCUUCCCCAAAGCCAUCGGCGAACUCCACGGCCACUCCGGCAUCGCCAGGCUAUUACUGUUCUACGCUCGCGGGAUAUUCGGGCUCGUCGAUCACAGCCACGGCACUGGCGUAGCCAACGCCGGACUAGUCUACUUCAACAACCGAUUACUCGCCAUGUCGGAAGACGAUUUGCCGUACCACGUCAGAGUCACCCCCUCCGGCGAUCUCAGAACUGUGGGUAGGUAUGAUUUCGAUAAUCAACUCAAUUCCACCAUGAUCGCUCAUCCCAAACUCGACCCAGUUUCCGGCCAACUCUUCGCUCUCAGCUACGAUGUGAUCCAGAAACCAUACCUCAAAUACUUCAAAUUUUCACCCUCCGGCGAGAAAUCACCGGACGUUGAAAUCCCACUCUCAGAACCAACCAUGUUGCAUGAUUUCGCAAUCACCGAGAAAUUCGUAGUGAUUCCUGAUCAACAAGUAGUUUUCAAGCUCCCGGAGAUGAUCCGCGGUGGCUCGCCGGUGGUUUACGACAAAAACAAGAUGUCGAGGUUUGGGAUUUUGAACAAGAAUGCCACUGAUGCUUCUGAGAUCAAAUGGGUCGAAGCACCAGAUUGCUUUUGCUUCCACCUCUGGAAUGCUUGGGAAGAGCCAGAGACCGAUGAGAUCGUCGUGAUUGGGUCUUGUAUGACUCCACCGGACUCAAUUUUCAACGAAUGUGACGAGGGACUAAAGAGUGUUCUAUCAGAAAUCAGGUUCAAUUUAAAGACUGGUAAGUCUUCUCGCAGACCCAUAAUGAGUGAGACUGAUCAAGUGAAUUUAGAGGCAGGAAUGGUGAACCGGAACUAUCUCGGCCGCAAAUCCCAGUUCGCUUACCUCGCCAUCGCCGAGCCGUGGCCUAAAGUCUCCGGAUUCGCCAAAGUCGACCUCUCCACUGGCGAGGUGAAGAAACACAAUUACGGCAAUGAAAAAUACGGUGGCGAGCCUCUGUUCCUGCCCA